AUGUCGUUCUUCAUUGAAAAUCCCAAUGUGGGAAAUACCAGCCAUCUCGAAGACUCAAGGAUUCGCGGCUACAACCCCCUCACCCCACCUAACCUCCUUCAACAUGAGUUCGCAUUGACCGACAAGUCACGGGAAACCGUCCUCAAGGGCCGUGACGAGGCCGUGGCCAUUGUGCACGGCACCGAUGCCGAGAGGCAGCGUCUCAUGGUGGUCAUUGGACCCUGCUCCAUCCACGACCCCGACAUGGCCUUGGAAUACUGCGACCGGUUGAUGAAGAUGAAGGAGAAAUACGCCGAUGACCUGCUCAUUGUCAUGCGCUCCUACCUUGAGAAGCCUCGCACCACAGUCGGCUGGAAGGGCCUGAUCAACGACCCCGAUAUCGACAACAGCUUCCAGAUCAACAAGGGUCUGCGCGUUUCCCGCCAGCUCUUCUUCUUCUCUGAUUGUCUUUCCAUCGGCGCGGUCGGUGCUCGCACCACCGAGUCCCAAGUUCACCGUGAGCUGGCCUCCGGUCUAUCCUUCCCCGUCGGUUUCAAGAACGGUACCGACGGCUCGCUCGAUGUCGCCGUUGAUGCUAUUGGCGCCGUCCGCCACCCCCACCACUUCCUGUCCGUCACUAAGCCCGGUGUUGCCUCUAUCGUCGGCACUGUCGGCAACCCUGACUGCUUCGUCAUCCUGCGUGGCGGCAAGAAGGGUCCCAACUACGAUGCUGCCAGCAUCAAGGAUGCCAAGGCUAAGCUGGAGGCCAAGGGCAUGACCCCCCGUUUGAUGGUGGACUGCAGCCACGGCAACUCUGAGAAGAACCACAAGAACCAGCCCAAGGUUGCCGCUGUUCUCAGCGAGCAGAUCGCCGCCGGUGAAACCGCCAUCAUGGGUGUCAUGAUCGAGAGCAACAUUAACGAGGGCAACCAAAAGGUCCCUGCCGAGGGCAAGGCCGGCCUCAAGUACGGUGUCAGCAUCACGGAUGCCUGCAUCAACUGGGAAGACACCGAGACCACGUUGGAGACAUUGGCUCAAGCCGUUCGUGCCCGGAGACAGAAACUGAGCGUCGCUAACUAA